AUGGCCAUCACGGAGACAAAAGUCGCAACCGCGGCCUCCAUUGGCCUGCGGCUGCUCAGCUACUUCUUCCUACGAUGGGCAUUACUUCCUAUUAUGCCCGCUUUGGUUUUCACCCUUUUCGCGGUCUACCUUCCCGCAUUCAUCUCAGGCUACCGCAAGGAGCCCCAGUAUAACGUGGUCGACGAGGUCGAUGUUACGGUCAAGGAAACCGUCGUCGAUGGCGAAGGUGCUUCCCAAACAAAUAACGGCGAGGUUGCCGUCAACGGCGACAAGGACGUCGUCGCCGAGGAUGUCACCAUCAAGGAGACUAUCUCUAUCAAGGACCGGCCGCUCAACUUCUGGAAGACCCUGUUGACGGGAGCACCGAACCCGCGCAGCCUGGCGCUUUCUCUUGCUACGCUUCUGGUCAAUGGCCUCUGUGUUGGCAUGGUCGCUGACCGCCUUUUCCGUGAUCGCUCAUACCCAAGCCAAGACCUGUCCUUUGUGAGGGUUGGGUACGUCUCUGAGAAUGAGGCCAGGCUGGUGAUCCGUGAGCCUGAUCAGUCCAAGAUGCCCGUCACCGUCGAGGUUCACCUCAAGGACCCCCACCCGCCCUUUGACAACCCGCUGUGGCAGGACGCCGGUGGAAUCAAGUGGACAACCAACGAGACCGACUACACCGGCGUCCUGUCCAUCCCCCUGCGCCACUCCAAGAAGCGCACCUAUGAAUGGCGCACCUCCAACAACCACUCGGGCGAGUUCACAACGCCCCCGCCCGUGGGACAGGCCGAGGACACCAACUACGGCCCAUUCACAUUCCUGUCCACCUCCUGCAUCGUCCCGCGUCUCCCUUACAACCCCCUGGACCACCCGCUUUCGAUCCCGGGGUUCAAGCACCUUGCCAAAGUCCUCCCCUCGCUGAACGCACAGUUCAUGCUCUUCCUCGGCGACUUCAUCUACGCCGACGUCCCGCGGUACUGGGACAAAUCCGUCGACUACUACCGCGAGAAAUACCGCCAGGUCUACGCCUCCCCAGACUGGCCAGCCGUCGGCCAAAACCUCAGCUGGAUCCACGUGCUCGACGACCACGAGAUCGCCAACGACUGGUCCGCGAACCAAACCGGCGUCUACCACACCGCGGUCGACCCGUACCACCACUACCAGGCCGCAGCCAACCCGCCGCCGGCCAAGAAAGCAGGCGGCUUCAAGGCCCGCGCCGCCAACACCACCUACUUUGAGUUCACCCAGGGCCCGGCCAGCUUCUUCCUCCUCGACACCCGCUCCUACCGCUCCCCGAACAAGCUCCCGGCCCACGAGGAGAGCAAGACCAUGCUGGGCGAGGAACAGCUUGCCGAUUUCCUCGCCUGGCUGCGGCGCCCGGAGCCCCGCGGUGUGAAGUGGAAGAUUGUCGCUUCCUCGGUGCCGUUCACCAAGAACUGGCGGGUCAACACCCAGGAUACCUGGGGUGGGUUCCUCGAGGAGCGUGCCGUGCUGCUGCAAGCCAUGUGGGACGUGGCUAACCGCGGGAUUGGUGUUGUUGUGCUGUCCGGUGAUCGUCACGAGUUUGCUGCGACCAAGUUCCCGCCGCCGUCGGAGAAGUCGCAGGAGACGGCGGCGGUGCACGAAACGGCGGCGGUGUGGGAGUUCUCGGUCAGCCCGCUGAGCCAGUUCUACUCGCCGAUUCCGACGUAUCGGCAGACGGAUGACCAGGAUGUUAUGGUGAAGUACAUCAAUAAGGGCAACUCCAAGUUCGGGGCUAUUACCAUUGAGAACUUGGAGGGCGGGCAGGAGAGUAGUCUCAAGUACCGGUUGUAUAUUGACGGCGAGGAAGUUUGGAAUACGGUUAUCCUGUCGCCGCCGGUCGCCGAUGGUGGCAAGUCCGGCUCGUUCUGGGAUAAACAACUGUCGCUGCUCGACUUGUGUCGACCCCAACACAGAGCAACGGAGCCUCGACAUCUUCCAGGUACGCAGUGGGUUCCGCUCUCCAUGAUGUUGCAGCCUGCCCCGUUUCAUCGUGGAUUUUCUAACAGUGAUGACAGAUACCUUCUGAUAUUUCUGCUGUCGAGCAACGAGCAGAUCCUAGCGGAGUUCACAUCAAGUGUUAGUUUUGUCGUUCGUUCCCUGUGGGACAACGAGAUAGCCGGGGCACCGCCGGUAGUCCAGUACACGGACGUGCUGGAGAAGGAGUCUGGGGUCGCUGAGUUAACCAGCAAGACGCUCCAAUACGGCUUUUGCAUCGUCCAAGACACACCGCACCAAACCCCCGACGCCACACAGAAGCUCCUCGAGCGCAUCGCCUUCAUUCGGGAAACGCACUAUGGCGGCUUUUACGAUUUCGAGCCCGACUUGGCCAAGGCCGACACAGCUUACACCAACCAGGCCUUGCCACUCCACACGGACACCACCUAUUUCAGCGAUCCUGUCGGCGUACAGGCGCUGCACAUUUUGCACCACCUCAACGAGGACGGAACCCCCGCGCUCGAAGGGGGCGAGACAGUACUCGUGGAUGGUUUCAAGGCGGCAUCUGCUCUGGACGAAAAGUCGUACAAAGUGCUGCGAAUGAUCCGGCUCCCGUUCCAUGCUAGUGGCAACGAGGGCAUCACCAUCGGGCCGGACGGGCUGUAUUCGGUGUUGGAGGGCGAGCCCGGGGAAAGCUCGAGGGGCCCGUUAUGGAGGGUGCGGUGGAACAAUACCGAUAGAGGGGUGGUGCCAUUCCUCACCAAGAGGAAACCGGGUGAAACGUACUCCGUCCAGGACUGGUAUGCGGCGGCUGCGGAGUACAACCGGAUUGUCAACAACCCAAGCUUUCAAUAUCGGUUUCGUCUCCAGCCUGGGCAGGUGUUGUUCUUUGACAAUUGGCGAGUGCUCCAUAGCCGGACAGCAUUUUCGGGUUCUCGGAGAGUCUGUGGAGGAUACUUAAACCGGGAUGAUUUCAUCUCACGAUUCACCAACACCAACUGGUCCCGGGAGGAAGCAUUGAAGAGGGUCAGGGGGUAG